CUGGGUGUUGUUUGUAGUCAGGACUUUGCACUCUUAUUUCCAGCACACUUUUCUCCUGCACAUGGAGUAUACACCACUGCACCGGGUUGUAGAGGGAAGAUGAGCAACUGGCUCUAGGCUUAAAACAUUUCAGAGGACUAAAAUGUGCUAUGAUUAUUUGUGCUGAGAUUUUCUUUACCUUUGCUCUCUAUUUUUAUAAUGGAAUAAUAAGGCAAGUAUCAGGUAUUUGAUGAUCAGAAAAGGCUAAAAGGAAGAAAAUGCAUUUGGACAACUGAAAGCCCUAGUACUUCCAGGUCUUGGUGUAAAUUUGCUACAUAACCACCAUUGGCAGUUUGCGUGUGGCAGGGCCAGGGUGUGUAUGUGUGUCCCAGCUAAGCUUCACUGCGGUAAGGCUGCAUGUGUAACUUUAGCUCCCUGCUCUGGGCCUAAUCUGGUCCAGCCCCAGUAAACGGGUAGGUGUGCUGCAGCUCCAUCAACAACACACUGUUUAUCAUCACGGUGUUCAUCUUAUGUGGAUCCCACUGGCUGCUUAAAUAUGAAGGUAAAGGCAAAGUGGUGUUUGCUGGCACUGGGUUUUGGACUAGGCUUUUCCCAGUACUGUUCCCAACAAGGAGGUUCGAUUGUCCAUUUAUUUGAAUGGCGCUGGUCAGAUAUUGCGGAUGAGUGUGAGCGAUAUUUGGCACCCAAUGGCUUUGCUGGAGUUCAGAUUUCUCCUCCCAGUGAGCAUGUUGUGGUUUCCAAACCACACAGGCCAUGGUGGGAGAGGUACCAGCCAGUCAGCUACAAUCUGUGCUCCAGAUCUGGGACAGAACAAGAGCUGAAGAACAUGAUCACCAGAUGUAACAAUGUUGGGGUGAGGAUCUAUGCUGACAUUGUCAUCAAUCACAUGUGUGCAUCGGACGCAGGGGAGGGCAGGCACUCGACCUGUGGCUCAUACUUCAAUGCCAUACGAGAGGAGUUCCCAUCUGUGCCCUAUUCCGCCACCGACUUCAACGAUGAUAAAUGCACCAGCAGGAGCGGCAAUAUUGAGAAUUACCAAGACAUUUAUCAGGUGCGAAACUGCCGUCUGCUCGGUCUCCUUGAUUUGGCACUGGAGAAGGAGCAUGUGCGUGGGAGGGUCAUCCACUACAUGAAUUCUCUAGUGGACAUGGGUGUGGCUGGCUUUCGGGUGGACGCCUGUAAGCAUAUGUGGCCAAAUGACCUGAAGGUCAUAUAUGGACAACUCCGUGACCUUAGUCCAAAGUGGUUUCCGAAAGGCUCCAAGCCUCUCAUUUAUCAAGAAGUCAUUGAUCUGGGGGAUGAACCAAUUAAAGCCAGUGAAUACCACUCGCUUGGACAUGUUACAGAGUUCAAAUACAGCACUCUGCUGGGUUCUGUCUUUCGCAAACGGAACGGGUAUAAACUCUCUAAUCUCAGGACCUGGGGCGAGAGCUGGGGAUUGAUGCCUUCUGACAAAGCCAUAGUGUUUGUGGAUAACCAUGACAACCAGAGAGGUCAUGGGGCUGGUGGGGCAUCCAUUCUGACCUUCUGGGAGCCCAGACUCUACAAAAUGGCCAUGGCAUUCAUGCUAGCCCAUCCCUAUGGAAUGACCAGAGUGAUGUCAAGCUACCGUUGGGAUCGGCACAUUGUGAAUGGAAAAGAUGAGAAUGACUGGGUUGGGCCUCCUAGUUAUCCCGAUGGCUCUACAAAGCCUGUCCCCAUUAGUCCAGUGGGCAGCUGUUUAGAUGGGUGGGUCUGUGAACACCGCUGGCCCCAGAUCAGGAAUAUGGUCUCCUUCCGCAGUAUAGUGAAUGGGCAGCCUUUUAGCAACUGGUGGGACAAUGGAGCCAACCAGAUUGCAUUUGGACGUGGAGAUCGUGGCUUCAUAAUCAUCAAUAAUGAUGAAUGUCCUUUAGAUGCCACUCUGAAGACUGGUCUUGCUCCUGGGACCUAUUGUGAUGUCAUCUCCGGCCAGAAGACAGAAGGUCAUUGUACUGGAAAGCAGGUUACCGUGGAUACCAGUGGCCGAGCCCACUUUAGUAUCAGCCACACAGAUCAGGAACCCUUCAUUGCGAUCCACACACAUUCCAAACUGUGAUAUGGCGGUAUGACAGUUCUGUGCAAUCAGAAGCAAAACUGAAUACAACAUCCUCUGAGAUGUUCCCUCUCACUGCUUUGGGAAAGUUUUGUUUGUGUGAAUAUUUAUUGCAUAGCCACUUUGUGUGAUAUUUAUUAUCUAACUGGCCAAGUGUUGUGAUUAAUACAUGAACUCAAUACAAAAUCACUUUAUUUGAAAUCACACUCGUUAUAACUAAAUUGCCUGUAUGUAUUUUUUAGAUGGCUGCAUUUGUAAAGUGGAGAGCAUUGCCUUCAACUUGAACUUAUCAGUAUCAAAAGUUCUACAAUGUCAUGUUAAAGACCUUUUCUGUGUCUAAUCACUUUUACCUCCAGAGUAAAUAUGUCGAUCCCAGAGUGGGCUUAUUCAUUUUGAAGUGACUGAUAGCUUUACCAUACAUAUUUCAUGCAUACAAAUCCUGCAAGUUUCAUGAAGUUGUCUGAAUGAGUAACAUUUGGAUCCGAAUUGAAGUAAUUAAUUUGAAUAAUUGAUGUUUAAUGUCUUUGAUAAGAGUUUGCAAGAAGGUCAUGGUUUCAGUCCAACCUAAGAGGCCAGGGUAAUGAGCUUUUCAUUCUGCUGGAACGUGCCCAUACUGAAUAAACAGUUAAUCAGC